AUGAGAAUUUUAUUUGUAGCUCUACAGAUCUGUGUAAUUAACCUUAAUCUAGUUUUGGGUGAUACCAUCGAAGAACCCAUUCUAAGUUCUUUGAAUACGGGAAAUGCAAAUUCAAAAACGUGCACCGACUUCAAUAUAUCUGAUUCAGAGACUACAACGAAUUGUCCCUCGCUCCAGAAUGCCGACUCGCUGUCACAAACACAACUGAUUUUUCGACUUACCUCACCAUGUCGCUAUGAUCGCUUUGAGAGGCCGUGCCCAGUGCCUGAAAAUAAAUGCUUGGUUGAAAAACCGACGGAUGUUUAUGUGCGGCUUUAUAUUUAUGCCAUAAAAAUAACGGAUGCUAAUAAUUUGGACUUUAACAUUUUUGGGUUUCUACAACUUCGCUAUUUUGAUUUUAGAUUAGCUUUUGAAGGCUAUGCUCCAAAUCGUGUGCAGCCCAUAUAUGGCGAGACUGAAUUACGCGAGCGACUUUGGGUGCCGCCAAUACUAUUUGCAAAUGAGCAAAACUCCGCUUUUCUGGGAACGGAUGAAAAUGAUAUUUUGACAAUUGUCAUGCCAAAUGGAAUGCUAACCCUUUCAACUCGCAUACAAGCGUCAUUGUCGUGUUGGAUAGCCGUAAAUAAAUUCCCCUUCAACGAUCUACAAUGUUCUGCAAUAAUAGAAAGUUGGCUGUACAAUUCUUCGGAAGUGCUAUUGCAUUGGGAGGAUGCAGCCGUCGAUUUUGAUCAAAAUAUAAACUCGACAGAGUACGCCUUGCAAGACUCUUGGAAUAAUGAGACGGUUGUGCAAAAUAGAAGAACUGAUUUGCGCUAUUCCUUAUUGGGUGGCAACUAUAGUUCGAUAAGUUUUACUGUUUACUUAACACGGAGUUCGCUGUUUUACACCACGUCCUAUUUUCUACCUUCAAUGAUGCUUGUCGGAAUGUCUUGGGUUUCGUUUUGGCUUCAACCAGACCAAACACCAGCACGAACUACCUUAGGCACAAGCACCAUGCUCUCGCUUUUUACAUUAACUUCAUAUUAUAAUAGAGAAAUCAAUACAUUAAGUUAUCCGCAGUUUUUCGAAGUUUGGUUUUUCAGCUGUACAUUCUUCAUAUUUGGCAGUCUAAUUGAAUUUGCAUUUGUGAAUACUAUUUGGCGCCGAAAGCGAUGCUUGAAAUUGAAGAAAGUAAAUAGUAAAUACAUUUUCAAAUCAACUUUAACUCCGAAGGUUAUACCACAGAAAAAUAUCUAUGAUUGCGAGACGGAUGGCAACAUAAAAGGUUUCACUGAUAAUAAUCGUGAGCUGCAGUCAACUAAAGUACAUGAAAAUGUUGCUAGAUGCGAUGACGAAACAUGGAUUACGAUGACACCACAAGAGACUUCGCUUUGGAUUGAUCGCAAAGCGAGAUUUGUGUUUCCUUUACUUUUUCUUAUUUUUAAUGCAAUUUAUUGGACCUUCAUAUUAUGCUUGUAAU